GCCGGCGAAGCCGGAAGUAGCCUGGGGCGCGAGGAGGCCCCGGAGCCGCGGGCUGUGCGCGGCGGAGACGCGGCUGGCGUGAGGCGAAGCUUCCCAGCAAGCCGAGAUGCAGAGCACUUCUAACCACCUGUGGCUCUUGUCUGAUAUCUUAGGCCAGGGGGCCACUGCAAAUGUCUUCCGAGGAAGACAUAAGAAAACUGGUGAUUUAUAUGCUGUCAAAGUGUUCAAUAACAUAAGCUUCCUUCGCCCAGUGGAUGUUCAAAUGAGAGAGUUUGAAGUGUUAAAAAAACUCAACCACAAAAACAUUGUCAAAUUAUUUGCUAUUGAGGAGGAGACAACAACAAGACAUAAAGUACUUAUUAUGGAAUUUUGUCCCUGUGGGAGUUUAUACACUGUUUUAGAGGAGCCAUCCAAUGCCUAUGGACUACCAGAAUCAGAAUUUCUUAUCGUUUUACGAGAUGUGGUGGGUGGAAUGAAUCACCUCAGAGAGAAUGGCAUCGUGCACCGUGACAUCAAGCCGGGCAACAUCAUGCGUGUCAUAGGGGAAGAUGGGCAGUCCGUGUACAAACUCACAGACUUCGGUGCCGCAAGAGAGCUCGAGGAUGACGAGCAGUUUGUGUCUCUGUACGGCACAGAGGAGUAUCUGCACCCGGACAUGUAUGAGAGAGCAGUACUCAGAAAAGAUCAUCAGAAGAAGUACGGGGCUACAGUUGACCUGUGGAGUAUUGGAGUAACGUUUUACCAUGCAGCUACUGGGUCCCUGCCGUUCAGACCGUUUGAGGGGCCUCGGAGGAAUAAAGAAGUGAUGUAUAAAAUCAUCACUGGAAAGCCUUCUGGUGCCAUAUCUGGAGUACAGAAAGCAGAAAAUGGACCAAUUGACUGGAGUGGAGACAUGCCUGUUUCUUGUAGUCUUUCUCGGGGCCUUCAGACACUGCUUACUCCAGUCCUUGCCAACAUCCUGGAAGCCGAUCAGGAGAAGUGCUGGGGUUUUGACCAGUUCUUUGCAGAGACUAGUGACGUGCUUCAUCGGAUGGUAAUCCACGUGUUCUCACUACAGCAGAUGACAGCACAUAAGAUUUAUAUCCAUAGCUACAAUACGGCUGCUGUGUUCCAUGAACUGGUCUAUAAGCAAACCAAAAUUAUUUCUUCAAAUCAAGAACUUAUCUACGAGGGACGACGCUUAGUCCUAGAAGUUGGAAGACUAGCCCAGCAUUUUCCUAAAACCACAGAGGAAAACCCUAUCUUUGUCAUAAGCCAGGAACCCCUAAGUACUGUAGGACUGAUAUAUGAACAAAUUGCCCUACCCAAAGUACACCCACGCUAUGACUUAGAUGGUGAUGCUAGCAUGGCCAAGGCAGUGACUGGGGUUGUGUGUUACACCUGUAGAAUUGCCAGUACCUUGCUACUCUAUCAGGAAUUAAUGCGAAAGGGGAUACGGUGGUUGAUUGAAUUGGUUAAGGAUGAUUACAAUGAAACUGUUCACAAGAAGACAGAAGUUGUGAUCACGUUGGAUUUCUGCAUCAGAAACAUUGAAAAGACUGUGAAAGUAUAUGAAAAGUUGAUGAAAGUCAACCUAGAAACAGCAGAGUUGGGUGAAAUUUCAGACAUACAUACCAAAUUGUUGAGACUUUCCAGUUCUCAGGGAACCAUAGAAAGCAGUCUUCAGGACAUCAACAGCAGGUUGUCUCCUGGGGGCCAGCUGGCUGACACCUGGGUGCAUCAGGAAGGCACUCGUCCAGGAGACAGAAAUGUGGAAAAACUGCAAGUCCUGUUGAAUUGCAUCACGGAGAUUUACUAUCAGUUCAAAAAAGACAAGGCAGAACGGAGACUAGCUUAUAACGAAGAACAGAUCCACAAAUUUGAUAAACAAAAACUGUAUCACCAUGCAACAAAAGCAAUGGCCCACUUCACAGAAGAGUGUGUUAAAAAGUAUGAAGCGUUCCUGGAUACGGCGGACGAGUGGAUGCGGAAGAUGCAUCUCCUCAGGAAGCAGCUGUUAUCUCUAAACAGUCAGUGCUUUGACAUCGAAGAGGAAGUGUCCAAAUAUCAAGACUAUGCUAACAAGUUACAAGAAACUCUGCCUCAGAAGAUACUUGCAGCCUCGAGUGGGGUCAAGCACGCCAUGGCCCCUGUUUACCCCAGUUCUAGCACUUUAGUGGAGAUGACUCUCGGUAUGAAGAAACUAAAGGAAGAGAUGGAAGGCGUGGUUAAGGAGCUGGCUGAGAACAAUCACAUUUUAGAACGGUUUGGGGCUUUAACAAUGGACGGUGGCCUCCGCAACGUGGACUGUCUUUAGCUUUCCGGGGACUCUGGGAAGUUGUAGUUUGCACAAGAAGCUAACACUGGGACACGCGAUGAACUCCUUUAUAGGUGGUUCUUAUUUCUACAAUUCAGUAUUUGAUGAGGUCAUGUAAAUAUGUACAGUUUGUAAAUACAUAAAAAUACAUAUAUAUAUAUAAAUUUUUGGCUGCUGUUGAGAUGUAAUUUUUGCCUUUUAACAUUUGUAAGUACACAAGGCAGAUGACCUCAGUGAGCUGUAGAAGAAAGCCAUGACCAGCCGAUGCUUUGGGAUGCUGUCCCCAAGUCUUCAAGCGAGGCUGGAGAAAUCUAUUGCUCAGUGCCUAAGAAAGUAUUUUUUAAAUCAGCAUCCUUAAAAAUCAGAAAGGACUGAUAGUUGACACCUUUGUGAAUGGUGGGUAACUGGCUUUUGUGAUGGGGAACAGAGCCGACCCACUGUUGAGCAGGGUUAGCCCCGGUGACAAGGAUGAAGUGGCAUUAUUUCAUUUUACGAGGCGCCCAGAUUUCAGUUCCCCUCCCGUGUCUAAUUCCAGGUGAAUUAUUGAGCAAAAAAUUUGAAGUGAACUCAUUGUCUAAACUAUUCAUUUUCCUUUGUUCAUAAAUCUGUAAUUGUCAUUCAGAUUGUAGUAUCAUUUCAAUUGUUUUAAGCUGUAUAUUUCUGUACUUUAAUUCUGCUAACUAUUUCAUGAAAUAUUCUGCUUACUAUUUCAUGAAAAAAUAAAUUUCUCAAUUUUAAUGUAAGAA